AUGACUUCCGCGCACCUUGGAUGCUCGGCGCACGGUGGCGGCCUGGUAAAGGCCACCUUGCGGAAGCUCGUUCAGUUCGGACUCAGGGAUAACACCGGUACCUCCGACCCGUUACGGUACGGGACUAUCGAACCCUCACCCCAUUUUGCGAUACGCAUACCCACCCCACGUGACGCUCUCAUCUACCGGUGCCAAUCAAUCUAA